AUGCAUUACUAUUGCUUCUCACCCGACUUGCUUCCUCCAGCCGAUUGUGUCUUCGCGAGUCCAGCUGCUGACUCCGCCCAGUCGCCCAGCAGAUGGGAAACUGUUGCUAACCCCAGAUGUCGCCCCACGGCUGCCGGUGUCGGCGUCCUUUGCUCCGCCUCCGGCCGUAAACCUCUUCCCCUGCUCACCCCAGAAAACCAGUUCAAACCGGAUCCGGAUCUUACGAACCUCGGAUUUUUCGGGUCCACCCCAUUUGGCGGCUGUUUUGGUGCAUCAUGUGGGGAGGACAACGACCUAUCCUGGUGUAAGCUUGCCUUCUUUAUAUUUUUCUGA